UAACACAUAAUAUAUACCGUAAAAACUUGGCAUACGUGUACUCAAUAUCCUCCAAAGCAACUCAACCACCACCACUGCCUACUCCUCAGCCAUGGCAACCACCACAGCUGCCACCGUGUCACAUUUUUUCGGUACCCGUAUCCAAACCUCUAACCCAAGCUCCGGUAGAAUCCAAGCUAGGUUCGGCUUUGGAACCAAGAAAGCACCACCACCACCAAAAAAAGCUGCCCCUAAAAGGCCAUCCGACCGCCUUGUUUGGUUCCCCGGCGCAAACCCACCGGAAUGGCUCGACGGUACAAUGAUCGGAGACCGUGGGUUCGAUCCUUUCGGGUUUGCUAAACCGGCUGAAUACUUACAGUACGAUUUGGACUCGUUGGACCAGAACUUGGCCAAGAAUGUGGCCGGUGAUAUUAUAGGGGUGAUUAGCGAGACUGCGGAGCUGAAACCGACGCCGUUUCAGCCGUACACGGAGGUUUUUGGGAUUCAAAGGUUUAGAGAGUGUGAGUUGAUUCAUGGGAGAUGGGCAAUGUUGGGUACGCUUGGUGCUAUUGCCGUUGAGGCACUCACCGGCGUUGCAUGGCAAGACGCAGGGAAGGUAGAGUUGGUGGAAGGAGCAUCAUACUUAGGGCAACCACUUCCAUUCUCAUUGACCACAUUAAUAUGGAUUGAGGUAUUGGUGAUUGGUUACAUUGAGUUCCAACGGAAUGCUGAGCUUGACCCUGAGAAAAGGCUAUACCCUGGUGGCUAUUUUGACCCACUUGGCUUGGCUUCUGACCCUGAGAAAAUUGAUAACCUCAAGUUGGCUGAAAUCAAGCAUUCUAGGCUUGCCAUGAUUGCUUUCCUCAUCUUUGGCAUUCAGGCUGCUUACACUGGCAAGGGUCCUAUUAGCUUCAUUGCUAGCUUUAACAGUUGAUCUCAUAUGGCUUUCUAUAUUAGGGAUAUGGCCAUUUCAAAAAAUAAAAAACACUUAAUAUAUAGUAUGUAUUGUAAAAGAAUGAAAAAAAAACUUUAAGUGACUUAUUUGUAUGACAUUUGUCUUUUUUUUUUCCUAAAUAAAUGUUCGUGAAAAUAGAUUUGUUUA